UAGCUCCUCUUCUGAAGAUAUGAUAUUGUCCGAUGCUACCUCUGAUGAGGAUGAUGCUAACAUUAAUGUGAUGAGUCGAUACGAGCCAACAAAAUCUACCCGAGAAUAUCGACGUAAAAUGUCACCACGAAAAGGUCGUACAUCUCCUCAAGCAUCUAGUUCAAGCAAACCUGGUAAACGGAAGGCUGAUGAUGGAAUAGGUGCUGAUGAAUUACCGCAGAAGCGUCGUCGAAAACCACCGGGCGUGAAAAAGAAACGGGAUGAUCGUACUGAUGCCAAAAGGAUUGAGCCUUUACCUAUGAAUUCUGAUGGUACAUUGAAAUUGCCAGUUACCAUUGGAAAAGGAACUAAUGAAGUGACAAUUUACAAGAUAGGUGAUAUCGUUUGGGAUAGGGAAGCGUAUCAUACUAAUCGUUAUAUAUUUCCUGUUGGGUUUAUGAGCAAAAAACAAUACUUGAGUGCCGUUGAUGUUACAAGAAGAACAACCUAUACUAGUGAAAUCUUGGAUGGUGGUGACACUCCAAUCGUAAGGGAAUUAAUUGUAUAUGAUUUAACCAUGUACAUAUCACCUGAGAUUAACAUCUUAUUUCUUCAGUUUCAAGUUACUGCUGAAGAUCAACCGGGUCGUAAGUUUGUUGCAAGUUCUUCGAGUGGCGUAUGGAAAAAGAUUCUUGAUGAGAUCAAUGUACAAGGUGUACCAUCAAAAACACAUGCCAGUGGUCCUGAGAUGUUGGGAUUAAGUCAUUUAGGUAUUACUAAAUACAUUCAGGAAUUAUCUGGUGCGGAAAAAUGUACAAAAUAUGUUAUGCAGCGUUGGAUCGAUGACGAUCAACCUAUGCAAAUUCAGCCACUUAUUAAGCAUGAGCCUAUGGAGGAGGAUGAUGAUGAAGACGGCAGGUCGGCAAUUACGAAUGGUCAUGCUCAUUUUGAACAUCAAAUAAAACAAGAAGCUGUCAGUCCUUAA